UGCGCUUGCGCGAUCGCUGUCCUGACCGCGCGUUGAAGAUCGAGCGGGCGUGAUCGAAGUGAACGAGUUUUGCUCUCUUUUUUUGAAUUAAUCCUUCAAACCAGGCAAAUUUCUUUCAGUAUUAAAAUGGAGUUUGAAGAAGAACAGCGCUUGACUGACGAGGAUGUUGGCACAGAAGAAGAACUGAUCGACUUAGUCAAGGCAUGUCCGAUACUGUAUGAUGUCCGGCUGAAGGUUUACAAGGACAGAAACAUGAAAGAUAGUGCGUGGAGAUCAAUUUCCGAAGCAAUGAAAUUAAGUGUUUUAGAAUGCAAAAACAAAUGGAAGAAUAUUAGAGAUGCAUAUGUGAAAUUUCUCCAUGCAGUGAAAGAAGAAACUGUAACAGGUAAAAAAAUUAAAAAGCGUUACAAGUAUGCUGAUAAGAUGAAAUUCUUGGAGCGAUGUAUACAGCACAGAACACCACCAGGCAAUAUGUCAUCAAGAUCAAGGAGAGAAUCCAUGCCCCAGCAUAACAGUGUUUCUAUGGUUUUAAAUUAUUCUGGUGAUGGUGCUGUUGAUUUUGAGCAAGAAGAGGAAGUUCAAGAUUCAUCUUCAUCUGUUAAUAAUUCUGCUGCAGAUGUUACUUCGCCAAAUAAGCAACCACCUGAAACAAUCAAGCAAGAAGGGAUCUCUAAAGAUGACAAUACUGGAAAGUAUGGGAAACGACGAAGAACAGACAACGAAAAACACCCUGACCUACAGCAACAUACUGGUUGUGUCAGUGAGCAAGACGAUUCAAAACUUUUUUGUCUCAGCUUGAUAUCUACAUUGAAAAGACUUGACUCACAGAAAAGGCAGCUUGCAAAGUUAAAAAUACAGAAUAUUUUGUAUGACAUUGAAUUCAGUGAGGCUUCUGGUACUUAGUACUUCUGGUGAAGCUCAGUAAUGUUUUUAAUAAGCAGGCCUUAUCAAGAACACAGCCAAGGCGCAGUUUGUUUCAAAUAUCUGGAUAAUCUUCUAAGAUUAAAAAGUUUUUGAACUUGCAAGUGAAGUGGUGAAUUAUGGUAAGCAAUGUUACUAAAGAAAGACAUAUAUGUAUAAAGAAAUCUGUUUGGUACUCAAGGUAGGCAGAGAAGCUGUUCCUUGACUUGAACCUCUUUGGCAUAUUUUGAUAAGGAAAUCUGAUUGAUACAUCAUAACUUUUGCUAUCAAAGGCUUUGUUGUUCGACAUAAAGUGGGCAAUUGACAGAUCAGGCAAGCUUGUAAAUGAAACAUGCAAUAUUUGAAUGAGGUAUGCAAUAAAAGUAUAAAUUAUGAAGUGAUUGACUUCUAGAAAUCAUUAAACCUCACUUGAUCAUAAGGUUUCAAGAAAGCUGUGGGGUAUCCUUUUUAAAUUUUCCAAAGUUUAUGAUCAUCCAAAUUACUUUCUGGUGAACUCAUUUCCAUAUUAUCUUUAUCCCAGAGCUUAGAAGGGGUAUCUACAUCUUGUUGGAUAUUUGCAAGGCUUGUUUUGCAUUUCCUUUCAUGUGAAUUUGUUUUGACUCCAUACUUUGUCAUUCUGUGUAAAAUCUAGCUUUUCUUAGUUGGUUUCGGAAAACUCAAUCUCUGGAAAAUGUCCAACUUAAAGCCCAAAGAACAGCAUUUUAAGUUAAAAAGUCUCAGAAUUAUUGCCAAUAUCUAUCAACGUAUUUUGGAUAUAAGCAUAUCAGUUUUGAACAAAUAUGGAGCACUGCUAUGGACAGAGAGUAAAAAAAUGAUAGGAAAUAUAACAUAGUAUUUAACACUAUUAUAGUAACACUUAAUGGUAUUUGUUAAAUUUUGAAUCACUGUCUUUAUCAAGGCUGAGAAGCACUGCCCUAAGUCUCGAAUGUCAAGGUCUGCUAUUUACAUUAUGGUUUUAUUGCAAAUAAGUUUGGUUUAACACAUGUUUUAUUAUGUUUCAUUGUUUUUUGUUGCUAGCAAACUAGAUAGCACUCAAUUUAUUUGCAUAUUGAUCAGUACAUUAUUUGCUGUCACAUUUAAUCUGCUAAUUUGUAAGUAACCAGUUUUUGAUUCAAAUAAUUAUUAAAGGAUUCAAAGCCUUUUUUAACUGAAAAAGUUGUAAAUUCGAGGCACUUUUCAACCUGCUUUCAAAAUAGGUAGAUGAUAUUAUCCUUGUUCAGAAUCACUUUUUUCUCCCUUCACAACAAGAAUCUCUAGAACCAAAUUAUUGGCAUGAUUUUUUGAGGAAUAGGGAGUUGUUCCAAAAGUAUAAUCUUGCAUGCAAAGCAGAUUAAACCUUUAGAGUCCCCAACACCUAAAUAGUGAUUUUUAAGACAAAAAUUGUUAAAAGCAGCUAUUUUGCACUAAAAUGGGGAUGAUUUUUAUUUGUGAUAUUUGCAAACUUUAAGAUAUUUGUUCCCAUUUUAUGCUUUUCAAAAGCUAAAGAUGGCAUUCUACUAUACCCUACUGUAUUCCCUAUUACUAUAGUAAUGGUAGCUCAUGUUUGUUCUAAUUUUGAGGCAAGGUUUCAAAAUAGAGUGAAUUGUAGACAUUCUUAUCAGAAACUUUGAUGUUUAAGAGCUUUCAACACUGGAUCUCUAAAUCAAAAACGAUUAUAAGUUGUAUAGUUUGUAUGUUUGUGUUUUCUAUGUAAUAUAAGUUCAAUUCAAAGCAAAUAUUAAAAGAAAUUGGAUGUAACUUA